AUGUCAGGAUUAUUACCAGCAGCCAUAUCAGGCGAGCGCACAACUUCUCACUACCCCAUUCGCAUUGAAAGGUUCUUGAAGCAAGACGGAUACUACAAGCCAUCGGAUCCAUCCUGCCUUGAUACUUCAGAGCCCACGGGACUUAUGUGCAUUGGGUUUAGUUGUAACCAAGCGAGGUAUCUCAAUAAGGAUUGCCAGAGGGUAGAUCCUGUAUACAAAGUUUCUAUGUCCGAAAUUCGUAGGAUAUCCCAAGCUCGGCCGAUCAAUAUUCUGAUCUCAAACCUGGCAUUUCCCGAUGUCUUUAUCGGGACUGCCUCAUCAAAAAUACAUCGCCAGCCACAUAAUUCUGCUGUUAUGGAAAUGCCCUUGAGCCAAAAGAGACACUUGUGA